AUGAAAAUUGCAGUUGAAGGAUGUUGUCAUGGAGAAUUAGAUAAAAUUUAUGAAAGUGUAGCCGAAUUAGAAAAACAAAAUGGGUUUAAGGUGAGUAAAAACCGGCUGGCACAUAAUAUGAUGACAAUCCUCAUAUUUCUUAACAGAUAAGUAGUCUGUUUUAUUUGUUGGUUUUUUUGGGGUGUUUUUUUGUAUGUUUGGGGUGGGUAUCUCAUAUGACAUUAGGCUGUGGGUAGUGCGCAUUAACUCAAGCAUGUAUUUGCUUCUACAGAUUGACCUUCUCCUUAUCUGUGGAGAUUUCCAGGCUGUUCGCCACUUUGAUGACUUUCAGGCUUUGGCUGUCCCACCAAAAUAUCAGCAACUGAACACAUUCUACAAGUCAGUGUCCUACUAAGCAUUCCUUAUCUCUUGAUUUGCAGGUUCAAAUAAUGUUAAGUGGGAUAUUUUAAACACCAUAGCAUUCACUUUAAGCUGUCAUUAUUCACAAUAAUCACAUUUUCUAACCCACAUAUUCAAAGGCUGUUGGAUUUUUUGUUGUUGAAGUUUUACAUUAUUCUUUCAGUUUUUUUCAGCAAAAAAUGAUUUGUCUUUGUACAUCACUUAUUUGUUUGCUGUUGCUGGUUUGAUUAACACACAUUUCCACCCCACAGAUAUUACAGUGGAGAAAAGACAGCACCAGUGCUGACAGUAUUCAUUGGAGGGAAUCAUGAAGCCUCAAACUACAUGCAAGAGCUACCUUACGGAGGGUGGGUAGCCCCCAACAUUUAUUACAUGGGUAAUCCUGAAGAUUCUUUGGAAAAUGUUAACAUGUGAUAAGUCUCUCAUUGUUUUGUCAUUCAGCAAAUAUUAAUGUUAGGAACACUCUUCCUAGUGUGACCAAAGGAUUAGAAAUUUUGCUUGGGUAAAAUUCAGAGUUGCACUGUAUAUGGUAUAAAUUAGUCAGAAACUUAGGCAUAUUGUUAUCUUUCCUCUCCAUAAUAAUAAUAUGUAAAACAAUGAAAUUUUUAUCUAUUUUCUACUGGUUUUGUUUGUUCAGAUUUCCAGAUGUUUUUUUAGCUUUACAUAUUAUUGUCAUAUUUUCUAACUUAACAUAUUUUUAUACAAUUUUAUUUGACCCCCAAAAAUAUUGUCUACCAUUUAGAAUGCUAUCACUGGUCUCUUACUUCUAUUAAUUUAAUUUUAGGAAUAACACUUAUAAUUUUUAGUCCCUGUGUUUUGUCAUGAUUAAAUAAUAUCAAUUUAUAUUUUCUGAUGCAGACUUUAAUUUUAAUGAGAUUUAAACUAAUAUUUACUUAUUGAAUGAUACUUUCAAUUCAUGAGAUUUAAACUAAUGAUAUUUUCUAAUUCACAUUUUAAUGAGAUUUAAACUAAUGAUAUUUACUUAUUGACCCUUUCAAUUCAAAAAUAUUAAAACUAAUAAUAUUUUCUAAUUUAUACUUUCAAUUUAAUGAGAUUUAAACUAAUGGUAUUUUCUAAUUCACACUUUCAUUUUAAUGAGAUUUAAACUAAUGAUAUUUACUUAUUGACACUUUUAAUUCAUGAGAUUUAAACUGUUAAACAUUAGGGCAACAAGCUAUAUGCUGUAAAAUUUUUUAAAACUGUCUGUCAUCGUGUUCCAGGUUAUGCUGGUCUAAUUCAGGUUGGUGGGCUCCGCAUUGGUGGCAUAUCUGGCAUCUUUAAGGGCCAUGAUUAUAACCGGGGACACCAUGAAAGACCACCUUAUGACGACAACACCAAGAGAAGUGUCUACCACAUACGAAAUUUGGAGGUCUUCCGGCUAAAGCAGAUCACAGGGCCUGUUGAUGUCUUCCUGUCACAUGAUUGGCCUAAAGGGAUCUAUCACCAUGGCGACACUGCUGCACUCAUCAAGAAGAAACCUUUCUUCCAGUAAGAAACUAAAGAAACAAUUUACUGACUUUAUAAUGCCCGUUUUUUCUUUGUAUCUCUAAAUAUUUGACUUCGUGUUAAAAAUUUUGUAACUAUUGUAUACGGCAUAAAUGAUGAGGAAAUGGAGGCCCUUUAAAAUGCUUUUUUGACAUGCUUAGAAAGUCAUCUGUAUUUUAACAGUAUUAUUAUUUAUUUAUUAGCGUUUGAAUGAAUACAUUUUCUACAAUUUAAGACCUUCUACUGUAGCUAGGUAAGCCUAGUUCAUUGAACACACUUGGUAGCAUCCAAUCCACAUGAUGCUAUGGCUCUAUGUAUUCUGAGACACUGUUGACUUAUUUUUUCAGAAAAGAAAUAGAGGAGAACAAGCUGGGGUCCCGCCCUUUAUCCGAUCUGCUAACCCACCUUCAGCCAUCUUACUGGUUUGCAGCACAUCUCCAUGUCAAAUUUGCAGCACAUGUAGAACACAGCGUGAGUUUAAAAAAAAAAACAAUAUAAAAAAAAAAAAAAAAAAAAAAACAAAAAAAAAAAAAUGGGAAUCAACCGUUUGCAGAAUACACCCACGGAGAAGUUAAUUGUUAAAUCAUUCAGUUGGUAGAACAAGGAUGCUUAGAAGUUAAAUUUCACUCAAUAUUUUUGUGAUUACUGCACAAGUAAUAAUUUUAACCCUGGCAGAUCAAACUCAAAAUGCUUCAUCUGUCCAUCUAAGUAAUUUACUGCACACGAAGAAUGAUAGAAAUGGAUCAUGGGAUUGUGUGUGCAUUUCCUAAUCUAGUUCAUCCAUUAAGUACAUUCAAUAAAUUGUAACUUGAUUGUGUUAAGUUGUGCUUAUUGAUGACUUUAAAAAAGACCAAACAAUAAUUCAGUAAUCUUUUGAAAUACGUCUCGUACAUCAGUUAGCUCAUGUCUUAUCAUGUAUCAUGAAUGGGUCUUAAAACCACCAUGUCAUUCACAGCCGCCAACUGGAACACAGCCUGCCAAAAAAACUAAAUUUUUGGCACUUGACAAGUGUUUACCUCGGCGACAUUUUUUACAGGUAAGAUUCUGCACUGUGAUUCGGUUCUUUCAACUUGCAAAAUCUUUAUUACUGUAAAACUUCUUUGGGAUAUUAAUGUCAAGCUUUUUAUUAUUUAGGCUCUGUUGAUGCCAUUAAUAAUGCUUUGAAAUACUGAGAGAGAAUAAAAUUGAUAGAACUGGUUUAUGUGACGUGGGGGUCAAAGGUCAUAAUUUAUACUAAGACUUGAAAUUAACUAAACAUUAUCUCCUAUGUAUAUAUUACCUACGUAUUACUAAAAAUGCAAUUAACUAAACAUUAUCUCUUUUUUUAUCUGAUUAUUUUAAAUUUUUAUUUUUGGCUCAUUUUUAUGUGAAGCGUGGUGAGCCUGGGCUGGGGUACCAUGUUAUAUAAGACCACUGUAAUAAUAAUAAUAAUAAUUUAUGUAUAUAUAUUACUUACAUAUUACUAAAAAAUUUAAUGGUUCUAUAAGUUACUUUGUUCAAAUUUUAAGGUGUUUGACCUACCGCACAACACUGGUGAAGGAUUGAAGAUUAAGCUGGACGCAGAGUGGCUAGCUGUAUUACAGUCAACAAACCAUUUAUUGAAUCUAAGCCCAAGCAAUAUGUAUAUGCCUGGGCCGGGGUGCAAAGAAAGGUAAGAGGAUUUUCAUCAGUUGGUUGGUUAACAGGCCUUUUAACUGUUGUAUUUAAACAAUUGGUUUAUUAGCAUUCUUUGUUAACUGUUAACCAUGUUUUGUUAACUGCAAUUUAAUGUUCUACUUACUGGAAUGUGAGCUUGUUCUGUUGACCCAGAGUCAACCACAAAAUGCCAUGGUGUACUAGGACCUGUGUUUGUAAACAUGUGAGAGCAAGCCUAAAAUAGUAGCAUAAAUAGAUCUUGGUAUAUUUUGUACAGGCCCACUAAUUUGUGUUACAGACAUACAUGUCUGCCUAUUAAAAUUGUAUGUCUUUAACAGGCCCACUAAUUUGUGUUACAGACAUACAUGUCUGCCUAUUAAAAUUGUAUUUGUGUUACAGACAUACAUGUCUGCCUAUUAAAAUUGUAUGUCUUUAACAGGCUCACUAAUUAGUGUUACAGACAUACAUGUCUGCCUAUUAAAAUUGUAUGUCUUUAACAGGCCCACUAAUUAGUGUUACAGACAUACAUGUCUGCCUAUUAAAAUUGUAUGUCUUUAACAGGCUCACUAAUUUGUGUUACAGACAUACAUGUCUGCCUAUUAAAAUUGUAUGUCUUUAACAGGCUCACUAAUUAGUGCUACAGAGAUACAUGCCUGCCUAUUAAAAUUCUUUGGCAACCUUAAUUUGUCAUCAAGAUAUCUUGGUUACUGACAGUUCAUAAUAAUUAUCAGGAAUUGAAGAGGCUCUAAAUGAAGAGUAAUAUUAACUACAGUAAGCACUAGUGACAGUGCUGAAACUGAUGCAUCUUGAAUGCAUACAAGCAUUUGUCAAUGGUGCUAGUCCCUGACGUGUUAAGGAAGUUGUGUUGGUUCAAAGGUGCAUAGCUCCUUGAGGUGUUAAGGAAGUUGUGUUGGUUCAAAGGUGCAUAGCUCCUUGAGGUGUUAAGGAAGUUGUGUUGGUUCAAAGGUGCAUAGCUCCUUGAGGUGUUAAGGAAGUUGUGUUGGUUCAAAGGUGCAUAGCUCCUUGAGGUGUUAAGGAAGUUGUGUUGGUUCAAAGGUGCAUAGCUCCUUGAGGUGUUAAGGAAGUUGUGUUGGUUCAAAGGUGCAUAGCUCCUUGAGGUGUUAAGGAAGUUGUGUUGGUUCAAAGGUGCAUAGCUCCUUGAGGUGUUAAGGAAGUUGUGUUGGUUCAAAGGUGCAUAGCUCCUUGAGGAAGUUGUGUUGGUUCAAAGGUGCAUAGCUCCUUGAGGUGUUAAGGAAGUUGUGUUGGUUCAAAGGUGCAUAGCUCCUUGAGGUGUUAAGGAAGUUGUGUUGGUUCAAAGGUGCAUAGCUCCUUGAGAUGUUAAGGAAGUUGUGUUGGUUCAAAGGUGCAUAGCUCCUUGAGGUGUUAAGGAAGUUGUGUUGGUUCAAAGGUGCAUAGCUCCUUGAGGUUUUAAGGAAGUUGUGUUGGUUCAAAGGUGCAUAGAUCCUUGAGAUGUUAAGGAAGUUGUGUUGGUUCAAAGGUGCAUAGCUCUUUGAGGUGUUAAGGAAGUUGUGUAGGUUCAAAGGUGCAUAACUCCCUGAGGUGUUAAGGAAGUUGUGUUGGUUCAAAGGUGCAUAGCUCCUUGAGAUGUUAAGGAAGUUGUGUAGGUUCAAAGGUGCAUAACUCCCUGAGGUGUUAAGGAAGUUGUGUUGGUUCAAAGGUGCAUAGCUCCUUGAGAUGUUAAGGAAGUUGUGUUGGUUCAAAGGUGCAUAGCUCCUUGAGAUGUUAAGGAAGUUGUGUUGGUUCAAAGGUGCAUAGCUCCUUGAGAUGUUAAGGAAGUUGUGUUGGGCAGUUGUUGGAAAUGGGUCUUAGUGAGGAACAGAUUUUCUUAGUUGAGCAAUAUUUUCACUAUGGAACUGUUCAAAGAACAAUAUUCUUGUUUUGUCUGUGUUUUUUUUUUAGUAGCAAGUACAUAUGGGCACGGCCUGCAAUGGCUCCAUGAACAUGGUUUUGGUCCAAAGUGAAUUGGACUGUGUUUUUAAAAAAAAUAUGAGUUAGAGCUGUUUUACUGGAUUUUUUUUCCGCCUCCCAGGUUUUUUAGUUUUGUCUAUUUCAUUUAAGAUGAAUCAUAUAAGUCAGGUCUCUAUCUGAAGUUGUGGGGAUGACAUCGCCCUAUUAUCCCAAGUCCGUAAUGCAUGUAAUAUAAAACUGCAAAGCUUGAUUCCAUUUCUAGGUCCAUAAUACAUAUAAGAUAAAACAGAAAAGCAACAUUCAAUUUUUUGACAGGUUGACUUUCAGUCUGGGAUAAUAAACAAGAAGUAAUCAGAGUAAAUGCAAAUAGCAAAGAAGUUGUAGGGAUAAGAGGUAUAGCACUAUGAGAAUAGGAUGUGUUUUUCAAUCUGGGAAGUAUAGUUAGUAAGUGGACAUAUGGCAGAUAUCUAGGCAAGAAUACAGAAGGAAAGAGGACCAUUUGAUUUAUAUACAAAUAUUUGCAAAGUCUAGGCCAAUAAGGAGAAUGACACAAUUUAGAAUGUUUCAAAUCGAUUCUGCUGUAUUAACAAAGAGAUCUUUGUGAAUAGUUGUUCGUUUAGAAUCUUUAGCAUUAAGCAGUUCCACAAAAUUCAAAUACUGCAUUGAGGGAAACACCACAAAUUCCAAUGGAGCUAGAAAUCAUCAGUAAAAGUAAAAUAAUUUAAAGAUGGAACAGAUCAUAUUAUAAUAAAACUGAUGUCAAAUAUUACAAGACAAGUAGCGGUAUAGAACAAGACAAGUAGCGGUAUAGAACAAGACAAGUAGCGGUAUAGAACAAGACAAGUACCGGCAUAGAACCCUUAAGGAUCAAGAGAACAUGGGAGACAUAUAAAAAUGUGCUGAAGAUAGGUCAACAAGGAUUUAAUAAAGAUUGGAAAGAGUUAGUGGAAAUAUCAAGAGACCGGAGGCUUGGAUAGAAAUUAUUAAUGGCCUAUGCUCCACUGAAAGUUGAAACGGCAAAAGGAAGAAGACUUUAGUCGGGUGAUUUACUAAUUAAUAUUCAGUGUACAUUUCAUUUCCUCCCCAGAUACGAUUUUCAAGUAUCAGAAAAAGAUAAAGAGAAAAUCAAAGAGAUCUUUGGCAAUGACCUUACUCUCCCUGAGAACUUCAUCCACACAUCACCCCCUUUGCACGGCAACCCCCUCUCCAGAGCCAGGAGCAAACCACAACCAUUGUCUGUGCAGGUAAACCCUCAGACAACCUUGCUCUGCAGCAUGCUGGACAUAACUGACCCCAAUGCAAAACUCCUGGGCAAAACCUCCCAAGAGCUGCUUGAGGAGAGUGACAUUGGGUUGCCAGAUGAAGAUAAAAAAAUUGAGGAUGAGAGCAGUGAUGAUGCUAUUGAUGACGACAGUAGUGAUGAGAUGCCAAGUGCUAUUGACAGCAGCAUAGAUGCCUCCACCAUGUCAUUAUCUAUGAAUGCGUCAUCUGCCUGUGACAGUUUUCACACAGCCUGUGACUCACCUAACGCCUCCAGUGUGGGUGCACUCAGUAUGCUAAAUGCUGUCACGUCAACACCUUAUAAACAUCUAGCCAGCAAAUUAACUCCAGCAGAAGAUAUUUCCGUACAGGAUGAUGAUGAUGAGUUGCUCUCAAUCCUGUCUGCACAAAAGAGCAAAACCUCGGAAAAGAGUUUAGAGCUAUCGUCUGUGCUAGGGGAUAAGACUGGUGCGGUCCCAGGGGAAAUUAGCUUGUCAGGCACAGAGGCCCCCAAUGGUGUACAUGCAGGAAAUGAUGAGCUCCCUCUACUGUUAGCUCACAACACAUUUUCAGACAUCUCUAUUGGAUGUGGAGAUAACCUGCAUAUCACGUCAGUAUCUCACGCUGACCAAACCUCCACGCAACCCUCUUCCCCUCAAGACCGAGUUCCUUUUCCUCUUAAAUCUGAACGUUCAAGUUUGGGAAUGUCCGACUUGUGUCUGAGUUCCAAUACACCUGUGGAUCUAUGUGUCAAUGACCAAGUUAUAAAUUGCUGGCCCCCAAAACCUGGCAAGAAAAGGGACAGUUCUGAUGACGGGUUGCAUGAAGAUUGUGUUACGCCCAUUUUGAAAGUAUCACAAGAAGUUUUGAG